AUGCCAGACUUUAAAAAGGAGGCACACGAUUUAGAUGAAAAGUAUGGAAACCAUUCAGAGUUGUUCGUUUUUCCUACGUUUUCUUCUAUGGGUUUGAAAGAAGAGGAUUUACCCAAGAGUAAAAGACAAGAGAGUGCAGUCAAUUACUUGUGUGGGAACUCCCUUGGACUAAUGCCAAAAUCUACAAUGGAGGCAGUGGAGAAUGAGCUGAAAGCAUGGGGUUUAAGGGGUGUCGAAUCGCAUUUCAGACACCCUAUGAAGGAAAAAGGACUUACCAACUGGGUAGAUAUUGAUCUACCGGUAGUUCCGUAUUUGGCAAAAGUUGUUGGUGCCAACGAGUGCGAAGUUGCCUGUAUGGGUACAUUGACGAUGAACUUGAACUCACUCCUGCUCACUUUCUAUCGGCCAACCCAGAAUCGAUACAAGAUUUUAUUCGAGAAACACGCAUUUCCUUCAGACUACUACGCGAUAUUGAACCAGGUCAAACUUCAUGGAUACAAGGAGGAUGCCCUCAUUCAGCUGAGCCCUCGGAAGGGCGAAUAUAGCCUUCGGACGCUGGAUAUCUUGGCGGAAAUUGAUAAAGAAGGCGAUUCAAUUGCAGUGGUGUGCUUUUCAGGCAUUCAGUACUACACAGGGCAGUAUUUCGACAUCAAAGGAAUUACAGAGGCCGCCCACAGGAAGGGAUGCGUCGUGGGAUGGGAUUUGGCACACGCUUUUGGCAAUGUUGACUUACAAUUACACGAUUGGAAUGUAGACUUUGCUGCCUGGUGCUCAUACAAGUACAUGAACUCGGGCCCUGGAGCAAUCGGCGGCAUUUUCGUAAACGAAAGACAUGUCAAGGGCAAAAAUUGGCGUCCUCGGCCUGCUGGAUGGUGGGGAAACAAUGCUGGAAACAGGUUUGACAUGAUUGAAAAAUUCGAGCCUACCGAAAGUGCCUUAAGCUUCCGGCAGAGUAAUCCUAGUGUGAUCGAUGUUGUCAGCCUACUUUCAGCUUUGAAAACUUUCGAUAAGUGCGGCGGAAUCGAUGCUUUAAGGCGAAAAUCCAGGGCUCUGACCUCAUACUUGGAAAAACUUCUCAAGGCCUCUAAGUACUACAGGGGGCCCGAAAAUCUUCCAACUGAAAGCCCAUUUUUCACCAUCAUAACACCUUCCGAUCCCGAUCAAAGGGGUGCGCAACUCUCACUGCUUCUUGGACCGGAAAACUUCGAUAAAAGAGGAAAUAUCAUGCCGUUAGUGUUUGGAUAUUUGAACAAGCAUGGUGUGAUCUGCGAUGAUCGGAAGCCUGAUGUUAUCAGAAUUGCUCCGGUUCCAUCCUACAACUCGUUUUCCGACUGCUAUGAGUGUGUGAAGGUGUUAACUGAUGCGUUUGAGAAGAUCGAGAGAAUCUAA